AUUCACGGUGUUUUGGCCAGAGUUUUGGGCCUGGCCCCCAUCCCCGGGAAAUCUCAUAACGAUUGCGUGCAUUAGCUGCAAAUUGUGGUCUGUUUGUUCCAUCUUGUUCCAUCUCUCCGGUUUCAGGUCUUGGCGGCCCCAUCCCGCCCAAACCUGCUGUCUUCUCAAGCAUACAUUAAUUUAACUUCCCUUACCAUGCAUUGAUUAGGUUUCUCACCCUACAUAAAAUGCAGCAGCUCCGCGCGUCUCUUGCGCUGCACGACGGCCGCGCCAUCAGCGUGGCGCCGCGCCGCAGGGUGUCCCGAAGCGGGCCGGUCGUCCGCCGAUCCGUAAGCAGACAGGAAGCGGUGGCGGAGGCAGCAGCUGCUGAGGAGAAGCUGAGGGCAGCCAAUUUCGACCCAGACGCGGCGUCAGUGCUAACGACCGUGUUUCCACUAUGGACCGUGAUUAAUAAAGACAUCGAAGCGGCUGUUAAACCGCUUGCCACCAGGGACGACAUCACGCAGGCGUUCAGCCAGGUGGCCACCAGGGACGAUUUCAGCCAGGUGGCCACCAGGGACGACUUCAGCCAGGUGGCCACCGAAAUUCGCAAGCUGACCGACAAGCUGGCGGAGGAGGAUAGACAAGGGACCAUGGCCAUCGGCAUGGCCGUUGGCUGUGUGCUCGGCAUGGUCGCCGUGGCGGUGAUCGACGCGCUGCUCACUUAGCUAUUACGGAGCGACCAAACAACUGCAAACAGAGUAUGCGAGGAGCGCACAAGAACCAGCGCGGAGGAAGGUGUCCUGAAGAAGUUCAGCAGUCAGUGCAGCCUUUAUGCACCAACUAGUUGCACCUGCCGGUUUGGCCUGGUGUUUAAUUUGCUUCCACACAAUUGCAAUGCCAGCAAAUUGCGCAUGCCAAUGCAUUUAUAGGUUAUUGCAUACGCCCUGGAUUGGCAGCGUGAGUGAAAGUGUGCUGGGCUGCAUGCUACUGUACUGAUGAGUGGGUACUUGCGAAAUGUAAUGGCGGCCAUUGUAUGGUUACAAUGGAAAUCAUGAAGCGGAUACUGUGAAUUAUGUACCAUGUACCAUGUGCAAUGUUUCAGACGUCCCUGCACUAGCAGGCAUUCAGACAUCCCAGCAUCCCAGCGCUAGCAGGCAUGCCUGAAACAUUGCACAUGGUACAUAAUUCACAGUAUCCCCUUCAUGAUUUCCAUUGUAACCAUACAAUGACCGCCAAUACAUUUCUUGAGUACCCAAUCAUCAGUACAGCAGCACACACUUUCACUCACGCUGCCAAUCCAGGGCAUAUGCAAUAACCUAUAAAUAUUAACUUGUAACCACAAACAACAACAACAAGAUUAAGCAUCAGGCCAAACCAGCAGGUGCAACAAGUUGGUGCACACUUGCUGCGCAUGUCAAUGCAUUUAUGGAGUAUGUGCAUAUGUCAUGGAUUGGCAGUGAGAGGAAAAGUGUGCUAGUCUGAGCGCCACUGUACUGAUGACUGGCAGGGUUGUACUGGUUGCCCAUUCUAUGGUAUUAACAUCAAUUCAACAGAAAAUCUCCCACAGAAGCUUCUUGUGGAAGGCUUGUUUAUUUCUAGUUGCCAAAGAUAUGUGGAAACGCUUGCAAUAUGAAGGGGUCUUUCUGAGAAGUGAAGAAGACACUUUGGGGUGUUUCUGUCACUUGUCCAGGCCCAAGGCAAGGGUGACUGAGGUUCACCAGGAUACUCUAGCAGGCAUGGGUGGAGACUUAGGGGUGGGAGCGACAUCCGGCUGGAACACAGGCUGGGAUGUUGGGGUGGGUUGUCAGGAAAGGGAACAGCGUGUCUGCACACGUUCAGGUGCAAUGUGCUGAAUUGCCGCUGACGACUGUAAUGGGCUUGUUAC